CACAAGGCUGUUAAAGAGCUGCACAGAGUUCAGAACACAUUUACACACAGCAGAGCACCUCUCAUGACAUUCAUUUAGAGGGGUUUGCAUGCAUUCCCCACACACACAAAUAAGCACACUCGUACACAAGUAGGGGCGGGACACUCCACUACUGGACCUCUCUUUCAGCAGGACUAUUCUAAAGAGCCACAGAGACUAUAAAUAAGAGUUCUCAUCCACUGUGGAAGUGAGUGGGCUCUAGCAGGACGUUAAUGGGGCUUUAAUGAGUCCUCCUUUUACACUCAUAACUGUACUGGGAAAUGGUUAUAGUACACCACCUAAAUCUCCCUCUUAAGACCUCACUGUGGUAGCAAAGAAGGAUAGAGAUCUAGAGAUCUUCUUCGUCGCUUCUCAGUAGCCCAGCCGGGGGGAAAAGGAAGAAAGGACGAGGACCGAUCCACCGCUUCGUAUCCUGUGACCCGGGGGUGACUGUUGCCAUCGUGGAUAUGGAUGCCGCUCACACACCCGUUCUGGCCGGCAGUGCCGCCGCGUGCGACGAGACAGUGUCCGAGGCUCUGGGCCGCUUUGAGGCCACACUGGCAGCAGCGGUGCGCGAGGUCCACAUGGAUGUUAGCGUUUUUAAGCGGGGCGUGGAGCGACGUGUGGACGAGGCUUGCCAGGCCCAGGGACCCCUGGCCGAAGCGGUGCAACAGCUGACCCAGGAGAACCAGCGGCUCCGCAGUCAACUGGAGGCGUUGGCCUGCUUGGUGGAGGGUCUGAUGGGGAAAGGGGUGAACAAGAGCACCAUGGAGGAGAAGGAAAGUAAGGAAUGCAUCCACAUUACUGCGUCCCAGGGGACGGUGAGCAGGAGCCAGGGGAGAACCUCCACCAUGGUCCAAGCUGGACUGUCAGAGUCUCGUUCUUCUGAGUUUGGUGCCUGUAGUAGGACAUCAGCCCGUCUCUCCAGCACUAUGACCAAUGGUCAUAAGAGUGUUGUCAAAACGGAGGAUACAAAUGUGGCUGCUGUGUUGGAGAAUGGACAUUACCAUGAGCAAGAGGACUUGUCAAUCAGCAAGCCACAUCUUCCCUGCACUUCAGUAACAAAGACAGACUCCCUAACUGGGCUUAAACCAACAGCACAAUCCCCUGCUUUGGCCAAGAAGUCUUCUGCUUCAACACCAAAGACCCCUUACCCAAUAGCAGAUGUCACAACUCCCAAAACAGCACUUGAUGCUUUGUUUUGUCCUGCACCAGCAUUGAUGAGAGAGACCCAAGUUACUCUUCCAGUUCUGUCACAAGGAUUAGAGAAUUUGUCUGGACAACAACAGGAAGUGAGAUCACCAGCUGUAAGCCUUUUAGCCCAGCAGGAGCACACCACCCCAACACAUCUGCCCCUGCCCCAUCCUCCUGUCAGUGCCAUGAAUAGAACCAGCCCAGAGUUUCCAACUGCACCCACCCCAUCUGGGGCUCCUGCCACUCCCACCCAGUCUCUGGCCACCCCCAACCAAUCUCCUGCCACACCCACCCAGUCUCCUGCCACCCCCACCCAGUCUCUGGCAACCCCCACCCAGUCUCCUACCACUCCCACCCAGUCUCUGGCCACCCCCACCCAGUCUCCUGCAACCCCACACUCCCCUGCACCAUCACCUAAAACAUCCAACCAAUCAGUUAUGGAGGAAACUACACCCAAAGCUCCGGGGGAAUUUCCUUUUAAGCGUAGUGAACGUGAACGACCUGCAGUUAAGCCAGCGAGCCCUAAUCUAACACGCAGCAUGAGCUUCCCAGCAACCACAGAAAAACUCCUGCCCCCCAGAAAAAUACCUCCACCUGGUAUAGACAAAAACCUAGACAAGUUUGGCACUCCAAAUAAGUUUGGUGGUCCUAACAACUUCGGCAGUGGUGGCGAGCGGAAGCUGCAGAGAUCACAGACGCUUCCUCGCAACCUUGGGAUGCAGGGCAAACGGUCUCUGUUUGAAAGCCUGGCCUCCGAGUGUGACAGGUCCAAGGCUGCAGGUUCCAAGCCAAAAUUGCAGCGCUCCCAGAGCUUCAACAGUGCCGGCAGCAUCAAGGCAAUGCUCCUGGAGUGGUGCCGCUCUAAAACUAUCGGCUACAAAAACAUAGACAUCCAGAAUUUUUCGUCCAGCUGGUGUGAUGGGAUGGCCUUUGCUGCACUAGUCCACUCCUUCUUCCCCCUAGAAUUUGACUACAACACACUGAACCCUGCCAAUCGCAAAGAAAACUUUGAAGUGGCAUUCACCACAGCAGAGAAGCAGGCUGACUGUGUGCGUCUAAUAGAGGUGGAGGAUAUGAUGGCAAUGGGUAACAAACCAGACCCGAUGUGUAUUUUCACCUACGUCCAGUCCCUCUACAACCACCUGAAGGCCUUCGAGUGACACGCCCGUGUGUAGGCGAUCACCCCAACACCAGCUACACUGAUGCAUGUCACCAGCAAGCCAAAAGCACUUCUUCCUACCUUGUUAAAAUAAUUAUGAUUGUGCCUGUACAAUUCUGUAUGAUUUUGACUGGUCAUGUAAUAAUGUGCUGUGCAUAUGGUUUGCGGCUUUUAUUUUGCCUCAUAUAGAACAUAAAGGUAAAGUUGUUUAGCAAAUAUAUUUUUGACCAGAGAGACAUCUGGUGGUAACUGCCUAGUGGUGUAAUUUUUAUGCAAUGUAGGUCAUGAAUUAAAUUAACUGAGAUAUAUAUUAAUAAGUGUUAGUCACUUGGAGAUUGAAGCAAGUUAAAUGUACGAAAGACAUAGUUUAAGUUGCAACGGGAAAAUGAAAAAGUUCAAAUGAAAGUGUAAAUGCAGGGAAAGCUGGCAUGACUCAGGAGCAACUUGUUAAUUGUUUAUUUAUUUGGAUCCCCAUCAGCUUCUGUUAAAGCAGCAGCUACUCUUCCUGGGAUCCAUAGAAAACACAAAACAUAACAACUAACAUUGCACAGACACACUGAAAGGCCAGAACAGUCCACAAAGAAUAUUGGUCCUGGAUCAGUUCAACCUGUGGACUCUCAUUGUCCAAGGACUGUAUUGUGGUGCUAGAUAAAGACAACCUGCUGUGAGAUGAUGAUAGUGACCACUAUGAGAACAAGGAGGUAGAUGCUUCAACAGAUAUACAUUUCUCUCUUGGGAAGACAAAACUCAGCAACCAGUCGGUUGGAGUGUAUGAAGUUAGAUGGAACUGCACAAGCUUUGUGCAGAUUUUCACAAUUAUUUUCUGUAGAAGUAGAAUUUGUCACAGAGUGGACCACAAUUUAUGGACUUGAAGUUUUUAAUCUUAAAAUGCCACUGUUUAGAAAUAAAGUUACUCCACUCAAAUUUAAAACCUUCAGUGAUGAUAUUGAUGUUUAAAAUGCAUCUGUUUUUUAUGUUAGUCAGCUUAUCGGCAUUACAAAUAACUGCUGUAGCUACAUUUAUUGAACAACAAUAAAAUGUAAUGGAGAAGCUUUCAUUACAGUGUGUGUA